GAGUAACUUUGUGUUAUUACAUUCCUAAAACUCUAACUGCACUUAAAAACCAAAGAUCCUUUAGAAAAGAACAACUCUUUUCUAGAAAAUUUUGUUUCAAGAUUGCACCACUACCAUUUUCAGCCGGUAUUGAAAAAUAUGCAUAUUAUGCACUUAAGAUCUCUAACGACAAUCCACCCAAACAAAUGGUCAUGAAACAGUAUUUUAAAACAGCAUCAGUGAAUCCUUUCGAAAAGUAUCUUGAAGCUGUUGAAAUUUCUGCGGUGACAACCUACCUUUGUAGAAGAUUUAAUAUAAUUGCAAAAAGAAAGGAUAUUUGUCCCGUAAAUUUCCUUGGUGUAGAUCUUGUGCGUGUCGCUAUGCCUGGUGGUACUCAAUAUUAUACUGUAGAACCAGAACUUCAAAACGCAACGUUUAAGCGGUUUAAUACAAAUAGUGGAAUAAUUGUAGAUUUCCAUCCUACUCUUGAGGCAUUUGCUCAUUUUACAUAUGAACAUACCCGAGGAUAUUUAGUAGUUUGUGAUCUUCAAGGUGUUGAACUUUCUGGCGAGUUCUUAUUAACUGAUCCGGCGAUACACUGUAUUGAUAAUUUAAGAUUUGGGCGUACAAAUUUAGGCCGUGAAGGAAUUGAUAAGUGUUUCUUGGCAAAUCAUGAGUGUAAUGAAAUUUGUAAGAAGUUAAGAUUGAAGCUUAGAUCCAA